CUGUGAGCUGCCCGUGGCCAUCGGAGCAGCUCCAGCCACCGCAUCCCACCCCGUGCGGGCGCUGCAGCAGCUGCCCCAUCCUCACCCGCAUCCUUCCGUGGGGGGGGGGGCUCCCUCCGGCCCACCUUAAGAAGGCAGCUGCCGGUGUCCCGGGGGGAGCUCCCACCCACGACUUUGCCAGGAGCCAGGCGGUGCCGGGCUGCGGGGAGCCCCGCCGCUACCGGGGCCGCUCUCGGUGUCAGGGCAACGGAGGCGGCGCUGCGGAGGGGCGGUGCGGAGCGGAACGGCCCCGGGGCCGCUCGGGGCCCGGCCAGGAGGAGUCGGAGAUGGAGCCCCGUCCCCCCGCCUGGCCGCUGCUCUGCCUGCUGCUGCUCUGCCCGCCCUUCUGCCCAGGUUUGGAUGCCCAGCAAUAUCCAGACUUCAAGCUGCAGCAGCCCCGGGGCCCAAUGGUGGUGAUCAAAGGGGAGGUGCUGACCCUGAACUGCACAGCAUUUGGAAUGGGUCCUAUUGGCCCUGUGAGGUGGCAGAAGGUCCAGGGCAGCAGCAAUCAGACCAUUUAUGACCCGAAAGGCGCCGCCCCACGUGUGAAGAGUGUAGACACUGAGUCCAACGAAGACCUCUCCAUCCGCAUCAGCGAUGUCCGUCUGGAGGACACUGCCACCUAUUACUGUGUGAAGUUUAUCAGAGGCACCUUUGGUGAACAGUUCGUUACAAGCGGUGUGGGCACGGAGGUGUUGGUGCACGCCAGACCCUCCGAGCUGGUCAUGUCAGAGCCCAGUGACCGAGCGGUGCCGGGGCAGUCGGUGCCCUUCACCUGCAGCACCAGAGGGUUCUUCCCCCGUGAGAUCCAGGUGAAAUGGCUCAAGAACAGCACUCCAGUUCGGGCUGUGCCACCCCCCAUCACCGCAGAACUGCCGGACUCCUUGUACAGCGUGUCCAGCACCGUACAGGUGAAGCUGAGCAAGAAUGACGUCCGCUCGGAGCUCACCUGUGAGGUGCAGCACAGCACGCUGCCAGCCCCGCUGAACAAGACAUAUGUGCUGGGCCGGGUCCUGCGAGUUCCCCCCAGCGUGUCUGUGGUCGCUGCACCGCCGGGAGCCGUGCAGGUGAAUGAGACGGUGAACUUCACCUGCCGCGUGCAGGGCUUCUACCCGGGAGCUGUGAGCAUCACCUGGCUGGAGAACGGGACGGAGAUGAACGCGGGGAGCAGCGCGCAGCCAACAGAGACCUCCCAGGGCUUGUUUGAGCAGAUCAGCACGUUGAUGGUGCAGGCGGGGGAGGAGAAGAGCGGCUCCAGGUUCACCUGCCGGGUGGUGCACGAGAACCAGGAGCCCAUCUCCAGCACGUACACCCUGCGGGUCUUUGUCCCAACCUCAGGGGAAACCGAGAGCUUCAUUGGAGACAGCAGAAGUCUCAUCUACGUGGCCGUGGGAGUGGUGUGCACUGUGCUGGCGCUGCUGGUGAUUGCCAUUCUCUACCUCAUCCGGACAAAGCAGAGCAAGGAUAAGAGCUCUCCGUCUGCCAGGUUACACGAGCCGGAGAAGAGCAGCAUGACCACCACCACCCAGGAGUCUGACCCCAACAACCUGACCUACGCCGACCUGAACUUCGCCAAAGAGAAGAAGAAAAGCAUCCGCCGCAUCAUCGAGCUGAGCCAGCAGUCGGAGUACGCCUGCAUCCAGGGCAGCAAUAGCAGCAGCAGCAGCAGCCAGCAGGCUGCCAACAACGACAACCUGACCUAUGCCGACCUGGACAUGGUGCAUCUCAGCAAGGCACCCCGGCGGCCCCCCCCAUGCCCUGAGGAGAGCAGCUCUGAGUACGCCAGUGUCCAGAUCCAGCGGCAGUGAGCGGGGCUGGGGCUCACAGGGGUCCCGGUCCCCCCCAUCACCCUACAGAGGGACUUUCUCAGCAGCACUGAUGGCCACAGUACCCGUGUUCUGGGGAUGGGAGUGCAGCCUUUGGCACUGUGCCUACUCCUGGGGGUUGAUGUCUGUUUGCAGACUUUUGGGAUGGCUUUGAGGGUUCCUUGCCUUUGGGAUUCCCCCCAGCCCUUGGCCGUGGGGACCCCUGAGUUGUGCACUGGGUUUGCUCACAGAUCCUGAGGAUGCGUCGCUGGAGAGCACUGCAGUGCAGCAGGGUUUGGGAUGGUGCCUCCAGGCCAAGGGGCUCCCACCUGUCUUUGGGGGCUCUGCUGUGUGGAAAACAAACUCUGGCUUUAAAGGAGUGAUGUCAGUGUCCACCUCUCAUCCCAAGUGUCUCUUCCAUGGGCUCUUGCACUGAUGCCAAUAGGACUGGGGGGCUGCAGGAGGCGAGCCACAGCCAUGUUGGCUUUGCCCCAUUACCAAACAUCCUCCUCCUCCACACAGCCCAGAGAUCUGUGCCCUGGGCUUAUACAAAGCACGCAGCCCCCUCCAGCCAUGCAGCUCUGUGUGUUUGGGGCCAUGGUGAGCCCCUCAUUGCCAGGCACAGCCCCCCCCACCCCUUGAUAACGUUUAACAUGUUCUAAAUGUUUGCCAUGUAACUCUUAAUUUCUAGAGCUCUCAACCCCAGUGUUUCACGUGUUGUACGUGGGUGUACUGCUGUGUUCGUCGCACUAGGGUAAGAUGUGCAGAAUGAAGAAUGGGGCCUCCAUUAAAUACCCCAGAAACCCCACUGAGCUUCUGUCUGACAUGCCCCCCACCCCAGCUUGGAUGUGGGCUGGGGGCACCAACAGCUCCCUGCAGCCAGGACCGGAGGGAGGGAGGCAGGCAUCUUCAAUGUGUCCCCUGCCCCAGGACCCCCCUCCAGAACCCAUGGGACCAGUGUGGGGUGGGGGAGAAGCCCUGGCCUUGCUUUGGGAUUUGUGUGACUGCCUGUACUGACUGUGAUUUUUUUCUUCUUUUUUGUUUUCAUUUUGCUUGCAAGAUAUUUUUAUAAUAAAAGUGGAAAGUCCUGUGCU